UUUUUCCUUGUUUUAUUAAUAAAAUAUAUUUUAAAAAUAAUUUUUUCAUAAAUCAACAGAAUCAGCCAAUGCAGCCACUUCAACCAGAACUGCAUAAAUUUCAGCAGAAUCAGCCAAAUCAGCCGAUUUUCAUGCUACCAAACGGUCUCUAAGCAUAUAAAAGUAGUAGGUGAGCAAGUCCACAAAUGGAGGUGCAUCAUUCUUUUUUCGUUUUGUAUGUUGCUAAUCUGGCUGUGUACUGUGCGAGGGCAUUUAUGUCUUUCCACCGUAACGGCCGGUCCCCCCACGCCGUGUGAUAUUGAAGCCGUACACGUGGCUGAAUGUGAGACUAGUUUCCUCUCUUGGCCGUUGACACAAGUACCCACACACAGCACAUUCUAGCCGUCCCCUGUUUCAGGCAAAAACCAAACUCUGCUUUUCCCGUCGGACUUCACCAGCUAAAACCAACCAAGAAUGGCGUCGAUUUCAUCUUUCAUCCAAUUCUCUUGCAAACCCAUCGCCGGGAUCUCGAAGUCCUUUCUAAUUCCGGCGAAAGCUGCGAUUUUGUCCGCGAAUACCGCCCCAUCGAGGCCGUUUCCGGCCUUGGGUCUGGCGAGCGCGAAGGGGAAAUUCGCCGUCCGGGCAUCUGAAGAAGGUGAUUGGGGCGAGGAGGUGGCUCCGGGCGGUCUGGCGGUGGCGGAAGACGGGAUUGAGUCGUCGGAAGUGGUGACGGAGACGGACGUGUUGAAGAAGCAGCUGGUGGAUUCUUUCUACGGGACGAACAGAGGGUUGGCUGCUAGCAGCGAAACGAGGGCGGAGGUGGUGGAGCUGAUCAUGCAGCUGGAGGCGAAGAACCCCACUCCGGCGCCCACUGAGGCCCUGCCUCUCCUCAACGGCAAAUGGGUUCUUGCGUACACAUCUUUUGUGGGGCUGUUCCCCUUAUUAUCCAGGGGCACACUCCCUCUAAUCACCGUUGAAGAAAUAUCUCAAACCAUUGAUUCUGAACUUUUCACCGUUGAGAACUCUGUCGUGUUUUCUGGGCCAUUGGCAACCACUUCAUUCAGCACUAAUGCCAAGUUUGAAGUGAGAAGCCCUAAGCGUGUGCAGAUAAAGUUUGAAGAAGGCGUUAUUGGGACACCCCAGCUGAUAGACUCCAUUGAGUUCCCGGAAAAUGUAGAGUUCUUGGGACAGAAGAUAGACCUAACCCCUUUCAAAGGGUUGGUUGCUUCUCUGCAGGACACGGCUUCAUCCGUCGUCAAGUCCAUCUCCAGCUAUCCGCCUUUAAAGUUCUCUAUUGCCAAUAAGUAUUCCGAGUCGUGGCUUUUGACGACUUACCUGGAUGAUGAGCUUCGCAUUUCCAGAGGAGAUGGUGGCAGCAUCUUUGUGCUGAUCAAGGAAGGCAGUUCCCUCUUGACGCCUUAUUAUUAUUAGACCUUAGACAUAAUAAUAGUAAUUCCAGAAUGAUUAUAUUUGGUAUGAUUCAUUGGUAUGCUGUCAAGUUCUUAAAUUAUUACUACGUAUGACUCCAUUUAUUAAGACAUAUAUAUAAAUAAAUGUUAGAUGAUUGUAUUCAUCUUACACUUGAAUAUGGUACUUAUUAUGUUCUGGAAACGCUAUACUAGUAUAUGCUUAACUCAUUCUUAUUCAUUGCUGCUGUGGGAGGAAUUUUUGUUGUUUAUAAAUUA